GGCGUUGCCGCUGUUUCCAUCUUUGUCCGGCGUCGCGGCGGUACCCCGCGGCAGUCUUCUAGAACAGUGCGCUGUUCUGGUGGACUCUAAACUCCGAAGACUCGCGCGACAGUUUAAGGGCGGACAAAGAGCCCUUGUGUACGCCUCUGCCAAAAAGACGAGAGAAUGCUGAACAGAAAACGAGGCACUCGCGGUGCUCUUGCAGCGGUCGCUGUUCGGACGAAGCCGUGUAGGCUGACGUGCAUGGACGACCUGAAGAUGUGCCUGCUUUGGGCAUUCCUGGCGUGCUUAUGGAACUGCGGUGCAGCGGCGGAAUUGCCUGCUGCGAUGGAGUCCCGGCUGUCGCAGGCUGCGCUGCAAGUAAUUCGCAGCCACACGGCGCCGGCGUCCUAUCCGAGCUCCAGCGUCGUUCCGCAGUUCGUCGGCGACGAGCGGCUCAUGCAUUCCAACUUCAGGACAAAGUCCAGCAUCGGAGAUCGCGAAGAGCUGGAAGUGACAAAGUUGAUGCUUUCCGGAGUGAAGACCGACGUGUACGGUGCCGUUCGCUGGACGCAUCUGCAUCACAACCACUCGGAUCACGUGAUGGCUGUGGCCCGAAACAACGUCCACCUCUGGCGAUUCACCAACCCGAACGUGGAGCUGCUAACUCGGAACGCCAUGUUCCGCUUCAGCUCCGGAUCCGAUGACAUCGUUGAUGCCACAGUGUUCCUCCGCAACGAAAGGAACUUCCAGAGCAUGUUCCUCGUCCUCAUCAUCCGCACUGGUCUGACUGCGAAGCUGGUCGCCUACGAAGUGGACGCCGCUGGAGAAUCGUUGCUCUACUCGCUGCAGCUGAGCGAAGUUCCCGUGAAGGUGCGAUGGCUCCAGUCCCAGCAGGAAGGAGCUCUCGUCCUUCUGUUUCCUUCCGUAUACGCGGACGUCGGUUUCACGGACAUACGCCAAGGCGGCACCGUGCUGAGCCACGUAAUCAAAAUUCACGUUCCGAUGGCCGUGGACAUGGAGACCGCCACCAUCUCCGGUUACGGCUACGUCGCGGUUAGCAACGCAACGACCGUGCUCGUCUACCGCUCCGACGACCUUGCCAGCAACUUCAAAGUUUUCGACGUGUUGCACGGCGCCGAGCUGACGGACGUGUCCCUGUUCCGCGUGGGCUUCGACAACGUGUUGGCCGUGGCUGGCCUCCGGGAUCAGUUUCUCUACGUCUGGCGUGGCGGCGGCUUCUUCCUGCGCCAAGUUCUCAAGGUCCCACGUGCCUUCCAGUGGCACCCCGUGGGCGUGGACUCCUGUCGCGAUGACGUCAUCCUCGCUCUCGCCACCAUGGACGCAUCGUACCCUGUGCGGCUUCACACCUGGUCCUCCAGGCUCAGGCGGUUUCAGGAGGUGGACAGAGGUACAGUCCCCCUAGGUGGCUUUGUCAUUCUCAAGGACAGUAUAUCAUCCUUUAGCAUCAAGGACAACGCUUGGAUGUUUUUCACCGAUGCCACCAAGGGCACUCCCAAAUCAAUCAUGGUAUCCACGAAGGUCAUACUUUUGUCAAACCCGGUUCAAGACAAAGGCUCGCAACUGGUGCUUCGCAUGACAAUGCUCAAGGAUCAAUUGGACAAGCAGCAGGCUCUCCUCGGACAAGCAUCUAACACCCUACGGCACGCCGUAUCUACUAAAGCCACAGUGAACGUGGUCCAGGUCAAGCAAGUCAUUAGGUCCGUCCUCGUCAAUGGCCCAGUCUCCAUGGGGUUCGCGAAGCUACCGCAGGGCUUGACCAUGGAGGGCUCGAAGGUCUCCAUGAGUGAGCUCCACACCAGGAUGCCCGAGCUUCAGAAGGCGAUGAGCGACAUCGGGUUCCGAAUCCACAAGCUCAUUUCGACUCUCAAAGAUGCUGUAUUCACGAAUAAGCCAGCCACUGUCACUGCACCGAAGGUAUUUCAAGGUCACUUGUCGACACCACUCCUCAAAUCCGCUGAAGCAAACAUCGGCUCCUUCCACGGUGUACCUGUCAGCGACCUGUUCAGGAGCCUUUACUGGAUGAACAAGCCGACCACCAUAACAGGAAAAAUAACGUUGACGAAGGCUGCCAAAGUACGGUCGUCACUCCAGUCUCCAUCAAUAAACGGUAUCAAUCUCGCCAAUGCAGUUACAACAGAUAGACAUCACACGAUAAGCGGGCCUACAACAUUUGCGAGCCCUUUAGUGAUCUCCAAGGACUCUCUUCUGGAAGGCAGGUUGAACGGCCUGAAAUUGAGUGAUCUCGUGACACUGACUGGAACGCACUACAUCACUGCACCCAAAAACUUGACCUCAGUCAAGCUCCUCCAAGAAUUGUCGGCUCAAAUGGUAGACGGCGUCGACCUGACGAGAGUUGCCGCGACUACUAUGAACGCGAUCGAUGAGCAGAUGGCAGAGGGAUCCUUGACGUUUGCCCGAAAUUUGCGCGUAGCGUCCGUCUCUGCGCAACUCGUCAACGGCAUCAAAGUUGCUGAUAUUGGUGAACGCUUCGUCAGGAUCAACGUGCCUGCCACCAUCACCGGUGUCAAGCACUUUGUCGGUAAUUUCGACGCACUCACAAAUAUUCAUCUUCGGGGCAGGCUCAACCAACUCGCCAUACCUGACGAUCUUUUGCUCAAAGAUGCCGAGCAAUUCGUGCGGGCGCCUAAAAGGUUCAACAAGCUAAUUACCACAGUGACGAACGUUGAAGGCAAAGUUAGCGGAGUAUCACUGCCGGCAGACAUUUACCGCCUCACAGAUGACGGCCCCAUUGACGUACCGCUUGCCUUCGUCAAUGGCAUCCAGGCGCAGCGAGACGUGGUCGUUGCUGGCACGGUCGACAACGUAGACAUUUCAGAGUUUGCUGCCUACGCCGCCAAGCAACCUGAAAAUGUUUUUAAAAACAACGUAGUGUUCAAGGCACCUGUUUUUGUUAAGAAGUCCGUCAAGGUCCUCGCUAAAGUCAACAGCGUAUUGCUCGAUGCCCUUUACAAGGACGCUAUUUUUCCUACUAACGAGUCUACAUUGGUCAUGACUGGCCAGAAGACUUUCCACAAAGGAGCCAAAAUAGUUGGAAUGACUGUCAAAGGCAGUGUGAACGGUUACAACUUGUUGGAGGACUUCGUAGCCACGGAGGACCACCAAGACAUUCAUGUUUCGAUUUCAGGAAUAAAAACAUUCUCCGGACCGGCCGUGUUCGAAAAGGACCUCACCUCAAGCCCUGGCAUCAUCGACGAAGUUCCGCUCUUCAAGCUUUUCGCCGGCCGAAUAACACUUAACAGCGAGCAGAACAUCACAGCCGAGCCGCUGUUCCUCGGCACCGUGCGAGUGCAACACCUCUACGUGUCGGGCGCAGUUCAAGGGCUCUCCGUGCCACGUGACUUCGUGCUCAAGUCCGUUCCGCAAAAGAUCUACGGCCUGAAACACAUGGCUCGGGGCAUGUCCGCCGCACUCGUCGACUCGCGCAUGCACGCGACCGUUCGAGGUUUGUUUGGUGGCGUCGACAUCGUGGACAUAAACAGGCGCCGUAUCCCACUGUCCACUGGUCAACUGCUUACCGGGGAGUUCGCCAUUGGCAACGUGACGACGCCGUUCCUCAACGCCGCGUGGUUGAAUGGGCGGCCAGUUCAGCCGUUCCUGAGGAAUGUCAUGUCAAAGACCAAGCCCCAAGUAGUGACUGCUCCAAAAACUUUUUCCGCGGUCCUGAAGGCAGUCUCUCCCGUAACAACGGUGCAAGGAGUGAACGGCGUCAACCUGGCAGAGAUCAACUCUAACGCAGUCACACUGCGCGGUCAGUCCUUGGUCAGCGCCCCUGUCGCUCUACGAGACCCGUUCGAGAUCAUGGGUCACCUGAGCAUCCACGGCACGCUGGACGGCCGGGACCUUCGUGCGUUCGAGGCAGAUGCGGUACCCAAGCGCGGAUGGGUUUCCGUCACCUGCAACUGCGUCUUCUACCGCGGCUUCUCCGUGCGUGGCAACAUCGCCGCCGACACGGUCAAUGACCUCAUGUUCUCCUAUGACGUGCUUCUCAAGAACGCCGACCAGAGCAUAAAGGGUCAUUAUCACUUCAUUCGUGAUGUGAAGGUGCUGGGAGAUUUGCCUCACUUGGGGCACGUCAACGGCGUGGAUCUGUCCGUACUCGACACGCUGGUGGCAAAGCUGGACCGAGAGAACGUCAUUCAAUCUGACCUGGAGUUCCACGACGUGACUGAAGUUGGCACAGACCUCAACGUCGAAGGCCUUCUAAACGGUCACAAACUCCGACAUCUCAGGGAUCAGGCGAUAUGCACCGCCAAACAUCACGAACUCACCGCCACCAAGAUCAUCCGAGGUCCAGUUAACUUGUUCAAUUCCGUCGAGGUUCGUCACCUUGAAAACAGGACUCUUGCUGCUAUCCUGGAGGACAUUGUCUUCGUUGAUGGCCACUUCACGACUGCACCAAAGGUAUUCACUGACGUGUUCAUAGAAGGAAGCAUCAAAACAAACAAUGCGCACUUCGACCAGCUCGUGAACGGCAUUCCCAUCAAUACGGUGCUCGCGGACGCCGUCUGGGGAAACGGGAAAUGCGAACUCUUCGGAGAGAAUGUCUUCAGCGACACUUUUACCGUUACAAAGGAUCUAACUGUUCUCGGCCGUUUAAAUGGACUUCGUAUCCCUGACGAUCUACUUCAGCUUUGUCACAACAAAGCCUGCCCGGAACAAUACCUGGACAGUCCAGUGUUCGAGAACGUCCAGGUUCCGGGCCAUCUGCCCGUCUCUGGCGCAGUCAAUGGACACUCCCUCCCUCGCGUGCUCGAAGAUACCCUGUUGGUCACCACGAACCAGACCGUGCGCGGAACCAAGCACCUCGAGGUUGUGACGUUCGAACAGAAUGUGCUGCCCGAUCGUGUAAACGGGAAGCGUUUCCGUCACGACGUUGUCACUCUGCACACGGCGCAGACUUUGCACGGAAAGCUCGCCUAUCGACACGUUGUCACACCGAACGUGGUCGUCCGAGGUCUGAUCAACAACGUCAACUUCGUGAACCUUGUGCGAAGCACGGUGCUGCUGAACGUGCCCCAGACCAUAGCCGCUCCGCUAGCGCUGAACAACGUCGUGGUUCGGCACAACAUCCGUCACGUGGGCACGCUCAACGACGUCCACCUCGAUCUGCUCGCUCGAAAAGUGACUCGCUUCGAGCACGCUGCCGCGCAGUUGGGACGCAGCUUGGGCCAGCGGAUGGCCAAGCACGAAGGCCUUCUCAACGAGCUAUCCUGCUUCCUCACGGAUUCCUACUCGGCUGUGGACUACUUCGUCCUGCACCAAUACCUGGACGUGGAGGCCACGACCGUGGACACUGCGCCCGGCGUGGGAUUCCUGCGCCUGGUGGACAACCACGGGGGCGACGCCGUGGCGCAGGCGUUCCACUUCACCUGGAGCCAGCGCGAAGCUCAGUGGCGCAUGCAGGGCGUCGUCUCCGCAGACGAAGGCGAGCGCGUCUACUUCGUGCUCGAAGGGCGACUCCUCUGGCUCGAGCUCCCUCUUCCGGACAGCCACACGGGCCGUGCAAUUCUGACCGACGGCUUGACGGUGCUCUUCAACUUCGGUGACGUGCUGGUUAUGUCUGCUGUUGCCACGACCGGAAACACCGCGAUACUGGCUAGCCUCACCAAGCACGGUGUCCUGGACCUCUUCGCAUACAGCCUGCAGAGCCUCGAGCCCACUCUCAUCGGCACGAUCGAUCCUGGCGAAGGCGCCACCACUGUCAAGGUCCUCUCCCUCGAAGGCUCGUUGUACGCUGUCGCCUCCGUGUACGACCACCGAGCCUGCAUCACAGAGCACCACCACUCCAAGGUGUACACCAUGGAGGGAGCGCACAGGUGGCGCCUCGUGCAGACGCUCUACGGUGGAGCGGUCGCAAACUCCUUCACUCGCCAUGGAUUUCUCUAUGCCCUCUUCACCGGCGUUGACACACACAGCCGCUGCGCUGAGCCCAGCCUGGUGAAGGUUUAUCGAACCUGCAGUCGAGUGGGAUCUACCUUCGAGCUGUUCCAGACCAUCUCCAUGGUUUCGGUCUCCAAAGUGGAGCUCGUUCAGUACGGCGCGCAGCUUGGCGUCUUCAUGGCUGCCGCAAACAGAACUUCAAUUCAAAUCUACACCUUCAACGGUGAGAGCGGCUUCCAGCUACACUCGGCCAUCGCUGUCAAGUUGGUGACAGACAUCAAGAUGACCGUGCUUGGAGGCUCCCUCUACCUCAUCGUCGCUCAAGGACACAGCACCGGAAAGAGCCUCGUCUACAAGGCUGUCGCGCAAGGCGCAACAGCAACUUUCCGGCGUCUUCCAGCGACGUGACACUGCGGAGCUGAGCACCGCUAGAUUUUAGAUUUUAAGCCCUUCACACUCUAGGGAAUUAUAUAAUUGUUUACUGUUACCGCAUAACUGUCUCUAAGGCAUCGCUACUUGUUACUUAGUCAGCCUUUGUAACCCUUGCGGGUGAGGAAUGCUGGGCCAUGGGCCCCGUUAACGCUGCAAGUGUCAACGGGCAUGUACAUAAAGUGUGUUAUACUCACUCCGCAAUAAACUUCACAUCCUGACUGUUU